UGCACCUCAGAGCGGAGAGCGGCUUUAACUCUCAGCGAGGCUCUCCGCGAGUUUCCUCUCAGUGCUCCGUGUCAAAGGCGAGAUCUGUGAUUGUUUUCCGUCGCUCGGACCUUUGGCAGCAGCAUGUCUCUCCCGCAGCUCGGCUAUAGGUACAUCAGACCGCUGUACUCCACGGAGCGGCGCGUCGGCGCGGAGCUCAGCGCGUCAGCCUCGCUCUCCAGCGUCCUCUCCAGCAUGUACGGAGCUCCGUUCGCCAGCGCGCAGGGGUACAGCGCGUUCCUGCCCUACUCCAGCGACCUCUCCGUACUCAAUCAGCUGGGCUCCCAGUACGAGUUUAAAGACAGUCCUGGGAUUCAGCAUGCAGGGUUUCCUCACGCAUCCUUCUACCCGUACGGUCACCAGUAUCAGUUUGGUGAUCCGUCCCGACCCAAGAACGCCACCCGCGAGAGCACCAGCACCCUGAAGGCCUGGCUCAGCGAACACCGGAAAAUUGCUGUUCGCUAUGUCAAGCGUCACAAUUACUAUUCCUCAUAA